UUUACAAUAAAAAUGAAAUUAAGCAAAUCAAUCAGAAACCAUACAGCAAAUAACACGUCAAGCUUUCCAGGAUGAGUGAAACAAUCAUAAUUCGUGUAAUUGCAAGAUAGAAGAUGGAAAAGGAGUGUCUUAAUCAGAUUCUCCGAGAAGCCAUUAUAUUUGAGGAUUUGGAAAACGUCAUUGAUAGUCUUGCCAAAGGUGCAGAUAUUAAUGGAUGUGACUGGGAUGGUUGGACCCCAUUACAUAUUGCUGCUUCUGCAGGACUCACCGCACAUGUUGAAUUGAUGCUAGAAACACCAGAUGCAGACUUUAAUGCGCAAAAUGUGGACGGUAACACUCCCUUACACUUAACCUCAUUAAAAGGAAAUCUCGAACUAGUGCAAGUCUUAAUAGAAAAAACAGUAACAGAUCCAAAUAAAGUAAAUGAGUUUGGGAACAACCUGUUACACUCAGCUGCUGAAGAUGGACAUCUUCCCAUAGUUCAAUUGUUAAUUGAAAGAAAAGAUAUAGACCCAAAUAAAUCAAAUGAGUCUUUACCAAAAGAUUCACACACCUAA